AGUAAUAAUUGGCAGCGGUUCACUCAUGAGAAACUUAUAUUUACCGAGGCUCUGGAAGCUUCUGUUUUGUAUCAGCAAAUAACUAGACUAUAGGAUAUUAGACAAGAGUUACGCACUGGAAAAUACAAUAUCCGUGUACCGGAGCCUAUCUUUUGGUUUAAAUAUUUUUAGUGUGCCAUUUUAAUCUCGUAAAGUACCCGGAAGACUUGAAUUUGACACUUUAGGUAGGGUGAGUAGGAUGGAUGUUCCUCACCUGACAGAAGAUGAAAUGGCCGAUAUAAAAAAGGAAAUAUUAGAAGAAUAAACCUUUUUGUUGCACCAUAUCCCUGGAUCUCAUUGAAUGUUUUGGCCAUUUGGAAACAUAGUGUGGACUGUAUGUGUACGAAACAACCCCUCUUCAGGCUAGGGCAGUGGCUAUGGUCCUGACGAGGCUGCGGCCGUACCUUUGUGAAAAGAUCCGGGCUGACCGUCAUUUUGACUACCUGCGCUCGCGGAAGAUCCUGACGCGAGACGACACAGAGGAGAUCAGCUGCAGGAUCACGCAGACCAAGAAAACGGGCUUGCUCCUGGACUACCUGGCUGAGAACCCUCGGGGGCUGGAUGCCCUGAUCGAGUCCAUCCAACAAGGACGUACGCUCAACUUCCUGAUUACCAAGAUCACUGAUGAAGUGCAGAAGGUGAAGAACGAGAAGAUAGAAUCUCUCAGAGCAGGGGCAUCCAGUUCCACCUCGGGCUUCCUGCCAACUCAGGACACAUCAGGGGUCAAUAAAGACCUCUCCAAGACACUGUCAUAUGAGUCCAACCUGGCAUCCACCAUGUUAUACAACGGAGAAGGGAGCCCAUCCACCUCUGACGCCCUAAGGUUCCUCAACCAGCCUGUUGCCUCCUGCCAUGGGAAGGACGUGUUGUCAUCCAUGCGAGGGGGUAGCAUGGCUGUGUCUUCAUCCCAGGUCUCUUCCACACUGCCUAGGCCUGGAGACCCAGGGGCUCCCCCCCUACCGCAGGAAGUGCUACUACUGCCAGAGGCCUCAUCUAACAUGGACGCUGGACCACACAGGAGCACGGCGAUCAGCGGAGGGGAUGUCAACUUCCAGCCCCUGAGGUCACGCUCCACACCCACUUUCAUGUCAUACAGGGACCCUUCACCUCAGCUCCCACCAAAAUCUUAAUGAGACCCCCCCCCCCGCCCUGGACUACUUCCCAGCAUUACUCAUAACAAACAUUCACUCUUCAAAUGUGUUGUACGUAUCAGUGUAUGUGUUUUAUCAAUGGUUUUAGUUGAGUGUAACUUUAAUCAAAUAUCAACUUGUAAAGUAUGUUCCAUGCCUUACAUUAUCCACUGGGUCAAACCGAAAGCUGGACAAACCUGUUUUGGGUUCAAUAUGAAAUAAGUAAGUGCUUACUAAUGAUGCCUCAAUCAUAAGCUGUACCCUCAUGAAUUUUACUCUGCUUCUAUCAAGUCCUCAUUUGUAAAAUGCCCCUUCCUUACGCAUAGAGAGUUGGGUUGAGACAUAACAGUGCCUUCAGAAAGUAUUCAUACCCCUUGACUUAUUGUGGUACAGCCUGAAUUCAAAAUAUAUUAAAUCAAAUAAAAAUCUUGCCUGUUUACACACAAUACCCCACAAUGACAGUUUUU